GCGCUGCUGAGUCGUUUGUUGUUUCGUGUCUAUAUCGGUUGGCAGGCAUGGCAGACUAUCAGUUAAUUGGUCUGUUCACUGCGCAUCAUCCUGAAUAUAAAUCUCCGAUCUCCACGCCUACUCAGAAAUCUCCGACUCAACCCGGACUCGUCUCCCACAUAUCUACAAUCUACGUAUGCUUCGCACCGACACUGACUCAAGUCAAAAGAUAAAUUCAUAAUUCAAAUCGUUCAAAACGCCCGCUAUUAACAUUCCAACCGACCCAUAUGACAUCAUAUAUACAAUAUGCACCUAUCCAUA